AUGAGCUCUGAACCAUUACUAAGCAAUGGAGACAACCAUUAUGGAGGCACUUUGACAACGAUAAGUUCGACUGGAUAUCGAGCAAUGUCAGAAGAGGAAACUGAUUUAAUCAUUGAAGAAACUGGUAUUAAUGUUUUAGACAGUCUGUUGGAACCUCAGGAAGGUGAAUCAGAUGAGGUAAGAUGGUUGAGAGAGGUGAGGCUGAAACACAUUGAUUUAUCAUGGUAUCAGAAACCAAGUAUACUUCUUAUAUGUGCAAUGCUAUCCUUAAUUUGUAUAUCUGAUAUGAUGAUUAGAACGCCAAUGAUUUCACUUACCAUUUCUAAAGUGUGUGAAGGGAUUAAUUAUGGAGACGAAGAUAUUUCAAGAGAAGCAAAGAUAGCCAACUGUGAUAAACAAGAAGUUCAAAGAAUUACAUCAGAGAUCACUUCACUGACAAUCAUAAUAUCUGGUAUACUUAAUACUUUACUUUCAGGCAAAUGGGGAGCUCUCUCUGAUAGAAUUGGAAGAGUGCGAGUAUUUGCAUUUGUGGGUAUUAUUAAGCUAAUCGGUACUAUCAUUCAGAUAUACACUGUAUUACCAUCAACUCCAUAUAGCAAAACUUUGUUAAUUGCUCCAGAGGUGGUACAAUCGUUAGGUGGUGGUAUUUUUGCAAUUGUGUCCAAUAGCAACAGUUAUAUCACUGAUGUCGCAGAACCAGAGUACAGAACGAUGUCUAUUAGUUUGAUGAUGAGUACUUUGUAUGGAUCAAUGGGAUUGGGCCCAAUUUUAAGUUCGAUAAUUGUGAAAUUCAGCGGAGGAAAUUAUUAUUUACCUGUUUACAUGUCACUCUGCCUUUUGGUUUUGUUCAUUGUUCUAUCAUGCACAGUGAUGGCUGAACCAAGGCAUUCUGAAGCUAUGGAAAAGGCUAAAGUUGCAUAUGAAGAGAAAAACAAGAAAAUAGAAGAAAAGCUUGAUAGUAUCAUUGGCGAGACCAAGGGAUUAGCCAAACGUAUAAUGAAAUAUGUUCUACUAACAUCGUUCUACAUCGUUGAUAUAUUCACACCCUUAAAAUCUCUUUGGAUCAAACCAAGGGAGCAUGAUAACUCUUUAAAGCCUAGAUAUACAGUUAUUCUAUUAAUUGCAAUAGACAUCCUGUUUGUAUGUUCUACAGUGGCAAUCAUGCCAUCAGUAGUUUUAUAUGCGACUUUUAAAUUUGAGUGGACAGCUGUUGAACUAGGUUACUUUAUUUCAAUAUCUGGUAUAGGAAGAGCAAUUAUAUUAUUAGCACUAGCACCAUUGGCUAUCCACCUACUGAAAAAAAGAUACAAGACCUCUACCAGUUCGAUAGAUCAAAUCGAUAUAAUCAACAUAAGGACAUCGCUGAUUACAGUCACUCUGAGCAUAUUUUUUUUACUAUGGUUAAAAGAUUACUACAUAUCGAUGGUACUUUUUGCCAUAUGUCAAGCAUUGAGUGCUGUCAGCUCGCCUACCCUAGUUGGUACCAUCAUAAAGUAUUGUCCUAAAGCAAACGUCGGAGAAUGUUUUGGAGGCAUGGCAUUAAUUAGUUCAUUCAUUAUGCUAUCUGUGUCACCAUUACUACUACAAAUAUAUGGCUAUACAGUGUCUACCAAACCAGAACUUUUCAUGUACAUACCAUUGAUGUGUGGUUGCCUAUCAGUUAUACUGACAUUUGCAUUAACCCCCACAGAGGAUAUCCAAGAUUAA